CCCUCCUCCCCCUCUCUAGCAGACGAAUUCGACUGCGCUGCUCCUUUCGGCCAGCUCCGGAAGCAUUUGACGGCUGAGGACCACUGGAGGACUGGUUUUACGUUUUGAAACGCAAAGAUAUUCGUAUUUCUUAUUUAUUUAGUUCCGUUCAGUGCACUUUAGUGAUUGAAUUGAUGAAUUGAAAAGAAACAAAGAUGAAAAUUAUGUUUCUACUGAUUCAUAAACAAGAAAACUUGUUAACAAUGAUAACUUUUCUACAACAACGGAAUGAAAAAAUGUUUCAGCUGUGUGAAUCAAGGUCUGGACUUAGAGGAUCAUCACACGAGUUAAACAAGGAAUUUCUUCUGGCAUUGGUUGGUGAAGUGGUCUUUCAACUGACUAGCAUGGAAUUCCUCAUCAGAACAUAUUACUUCAAUAUCCAUCAUGAUAUCCUGAUCAACUGUGAGUUCGUUAACAUCAGAUACAUUAUCUACUGGCAUAAGGGAACAGUUGGAUGACAGUGAAGGGAAUGGAUUUGAAUUGCAGAGCAUUUGGAUUAUUAUUCAAUCCACAACGAAGUCGAAUGAUCCCAAAAAAGUGUUCCAAUGGGUCCUGCUGCAUGUGCCUAGUGGCUACAUAACUCAAUGGGUUGUUCUGCCGAUGAAGAAGCUGGUGGGCUAGAGUUAUAGUUGAUCGUAUCGUUGCGAUAAAUCCAAUAAUACAGGUUUUCCUUCUA